AUGAAGAGAUUAAUAGAGAAGAACUGUACAUGGGACUUAGUCCUUUUGCCUUUAGGGAAAAAAGUGGUUGGCUACAAGUGGGUAUAUACUCCUAAGUAUAAAGCUGAUAGAACAUUGGAAAGAUACAAAGCAAGGCUGGUAGCUAAAGGUUAUUCACAAUCUUAUGAAAUUGAUUAUUUUGAGACAUUUGCCCAUGUUGCAGAGCUGAAUACCAUCCAGAUACUUAUAGCAUUGGCAGUAAAUCUAGGAUGGGAAAUGCAUCAGUUUGAUGUGAAGAAUGCAUUUCUUCACAGAAAUUGGAGGAAGAAGUAUAUAUGA